AUGAAUGCAAUUAAUCGACUUGAUGUUCUUUUAUCUGAUAUUCUUAAAAAUGACCCAUCAACAUCUACUAAUGGAAUCAGUCAAGGAGCUUCAAUACAACCAUUACCCAAAUUGACAUUUCCCGAACGUAACUCGUAUCCUUCACCCGUAUUGCCUUCAGGCAUUGUAACAACAGUACCAUUACCACCUCGCCGCAGUUCUUCAUCAUUGAAACAUCAUCAUCAUAAUCAUCAUCGACAUCAUCAUAUUGACCAAUCUGACAAACAAAAACAAUAUAAGCCACUUUUAAAUUCUUCAACAUUAGAUGAUUUAUUUCGUGCAUUAACACUUGAAUGUGAACAAUAUUUAGCUGCUGCAUCAUCUCAUCAAAAUAAAACAUCGAAUCCAAGGAUUGUUCGACCUUCAUCAAAAAUACAAGCAUCUGUUGAAUCCAAUGAUGAUGAUUAUGAAAAUUUGCAUACAUCAAAAGCUUCACAACCAAUAACAAAAAGUUAUUCUCCUCUUAAAACAAGUAUCGAAGUCAUAAGUCCAAUAAAACGACAUGUUGUUUCAAUAACGAUAACAUCAAAAAUAUCUUCACCUCAAGUAGUAUCUCCUGUAAAACCUCCUUGUCAUACUACAACAUCAGUUAUAGCACCAUCAACAAAUCGCCAUUCAAGUGAUGAUGAUGCUGUUGAUGUAUCGUCAUCAAGUACAAAUCGUAAACGUCGUCGCCGUGCUCGUAAACAAAUUGUAUCAUCAUCGAUAACUCGAUCAAGUUCAUCAUCAAAUGAACGAAAAGAAGUAAUUACGGAUAAAAAACCAAUAAUUUCAAAACGUUCAUGUAGUACAGAUCCUCGUUAUCAACGUAAUAAAAAUUCUUAUGAAAAUGAUUUUAUAUCAUGUUCAUCACCUCAAAAACAACGUACAAAACGUCCACAUCGACGUGAUGUUUCAUUACAACAUUCAUUACCAAAUUCAGAACGUUAUCAUGAAAAUCAUUCAUCACCAUUAUCUGUUUUAUUAACAUCAACAAAAAUAACAAGCGAUUUUUUUGAUAAUUCACAUCAACGACAAGAAAGACGUUCACGUCUUGAAACAGUUAAUCAUAAACCAUCGACAUUACUCGAUCGUAUGCAUCAACAAUUAUAUCGACCACCAACAAUACGAAACAAUAAUAACAACAAAAAGAACACUAACAUUCCUGCACAUCGAAUACCAUCAUAUCCAGUUUAUUGA